AUGGUAUUAGCAUCGAAAGAACUUUUUGUACCGAUGAUAACCCAGCUUGUAGGUUUUGGAACCGCAAAAUUCUCAAGUGAAGCUCCAAGUUGUAAUUUUUUCUUGUGGAAAUACAAUGAAAUGAAGGAGGAGUAUUACAAAGACCAAAUUCGUAAGAUGAGGUAUGAGAUAUGCAGAAAGGAAGACUAUAGUGAGGUUGUGAAGGCUCAUAAGAAAGUGGUUCAAUUGGAGAAAGCUAGGGAUGAACUGCAGGAGUUGAGGGAAGAUGAGAAGGAAGUUUUCGAGAUAGAUUUAAUGGAGUUGAACUGUUAG